CCCAAAAACUAAUUCGGAAGUGCUCAAACACAGCAAGUGAUCAGCAUAAAAUGCCUCCAAAGCGGAAAGCACCCACGACCGAUGAAGAUGACGACGACUACCGUAAGAAACGCGACCGAAAUAAUCAGGCGGUCAAACGGAGUCGUGUAAAAUCCAAGCAACGAACGGAGGAAACUCAGGUGAAGGUCAAUGAGCUACGAAUCAAAAACCAAAUUCUGGAGGAUAAAAUUAAGAAUCAGACAAAAGAACUUAAGUUUCUGAAGGAACUGUUCUUGACACAGGCGCAAGCAAAAGCCGACAAACUGGUCGGAGUCAAUCUGGCGGAACUGCUGAAGAGCUCCGAUGAAGAGGGGGACGAUGAGGGUGAAGGCGGAAGCGGGAAGAAAUCGGGAAGCGAGCAAAAAACUAGCAAAGCUGGCAGCAGUCGGAAGGCGAGGACUUCCAGUAAAAGCUAGUCGGU